AUGACUGUCAUCACUUUCACUGUCUCUGUGCUGUGCCUGCUGCCUCAGGCGGUGCUGGCACGGUGGGCGUGUGUUCGGGCGUGUCCAGCGUCCUGCACCUGCACUCAGGAGAAGAGCUGCAGCGUGCUGUGCGACCGCACCGGCAUGGCUGAGCUGCCCAAAGAGUUCCCCUGCGAGGCCUCGGCCAUCAACCUGGACAAGAACAAACUCAAGUUCCUGUCAGAGAGGGCCUUCGGCACCCUGCCCUCCCUCAAGUCUCUCUCUCUGGACCACAACAACAUCUCCUUCAUCACCCCCGGAGCCUUCAAGGGCCUCGCCAACUUAGUGGAGCUGAAGAUGGCGCACAAUGAGUACAUCAGUUACCUUCACACACGGACAUUCACGGGACUGAAGAAGCUGGUGCGCCUGGACCUGUCAGACUGUAACCUCUUCAACAUCCCUGACCGCAUCUUCAUAGAGCAGACGGCGCUGAAGGAGCUGCUCUGCUUCCAGAACAACUUCAGGAGGAUCCCCGGAGCCUUCAGGGGCAUGGAGAACCUGACUCACAUCUACCUGGAGAGGAACAAGAUCGAGGCGGUGGCCUACAACUCCCUGCUGGGCCUGGGUAGUCUCAGGUACCUGAACCUCCAGGAGAACCGCAUCAAUGUGAUCCAUGACCAGGCCUUCCAGGACCUCGUACGGCUGGAGAACUUCUACCUCAACGACAACCUGCUGUCUGAUCUGCCCCGGCUCGCCUUCAAGGGUCUCAUCCGCCUCAAGAUGCUCAACCUCGGGGGAAACCAGCUGACCAACGUGUCCAAGACGUGGUUCAGUGACCUGGUGGAGCUGGAGGUCCUGUACCUGGACAGGAACCAGCUGGUAAACAUCGAGGAGGGCACCUUUGAGAACCUGACCAGCCUGAUCACGCUCCACCUGAACAGCAACAACCUCACCACCCUCCCCUUCCCCGUUUUCCAGCCCAUCUACUUCCUGGGCCGCCUCUACCUCUUCAGGAACCCUUGGGAGUGCGACUGCUCCUUCGAGUGGAUGAAGGAGUGGAUGGAAAGCUACAAGCUGGUGCGGGACAUCCCCUGCGCCUCUCCGUCCUCCGUGGCAGGGCUGGAUCUCAGCGAGGUGGUUUUCACCAAGGUGAACGGCACAUGUGUGGACCCUGGAGAGCUGAACUUGACCACAGCCUCGUCAGAGAUCAUCUCCACCACAGAGAACCGCUUCAACAGCCUCAUCUCCAAGCUGCUCCAGCAGGAGCUCAGAGAGGAGAUGGGGAACGGUACAGAGAGCCUCCGCAACGGGACCCUGCUGGAGCCUGAGGAGGGGCAGCUCUCAGCAGGGGUCGGAGGGCGACGGGCUGAGGCGAGCCAAUCAUAUCUCUGCUUCACUGCAGUGUGGCUCAUCUUUGGUUUGAUUGGCCAGUUAGAUAUUAAUUACUGUCUUUCUUGCACAUGAGAAGAGUGGAAAUGGACAUGGGGUUUGCUUCCUGACCCUCUGAAACAACAAGGAGUAGCUUUUUUGAAAUUGCCGAUGAGAUAAAAGAUGUUUUCAUUUCUCUAUGAAAGCAUGGAGGAAUACGCUUCCUCUCAGGUGUGGUUGCUGGUGUGAGUCUGCCCUGCCAAACCUAGGAUUGGGGAUUGUUUCAUGUGAAAUGCAGGCAUGGGCUAUUCUCAGCUAUCUUCAGAGGAAAGACUGACAUUGACAUGGCAGCAUCUAUGAGCUGGUUCUAUACAAUAAUCUAUGAUAUUUAUAGAUUACAUAACUGAUGCAAAUCUGUCCUCCUGGUUCAUAAACAGCUGUACAGUUGCAGGAUUUCUACGAUCACAGACGCGGGUGUUGAUUUCAAACGACUGUGGCGACAUGCUCA